AUGACAAAUGAAACAAAGAAGAGUUUAAAACGUCCACUUGACUCUAUCAAUCAACAUGAAACAAAGAGUAAAAAAUUUCGAACUAGUUUAACACUGAAAGAACUUCGUCGACCAACUGAAACGUCAACUGUCGAUGUAAGAAGUCGAAAUUGUCCUUAUUUGGAUACAAUUAAUCGGUAUGAUUGUUAUUGUAUUUUUAUUCUAUUGGCAAGUAAUGUAGCUAGUCUUAAAACUUUAAGCGGAUCAGAGUGUGGAAAUGUUAUUUCUAAAAAAUUUUUUAAUGAUUUUUCACCUGCAUGCCGUUGUAUUGAAUAG